AUGGCUGCCACCGAAGGUAUAGUCAGCAAUAUAGAUAACAAGUACGAGGAAAACAAUGUUUCCUCAAAGUCAUCUUCUGAUGAAAAGAUAAAGUUUAAGGACCCUCUUUUAACGGGCCUCGAUAAAGAAAGUGAUGAUGAUGGGAUGGAAAGUCUUGAUCUCGAGGCAUCAGCCAAGUCAGAGGAAGGGUCCAUGUCUUGCAGCUCAAGCCUUAUUGCCAACUUCCGCCUUGAUGAUGAUUAUGAUGGUGAAACUCGGGACCUUUUUAUUAUAGUUGAUGAUCCAGAAAAACAUACUAGUACACUAGAAGCCUACGUUACAUUUAGAAUCACUACCAAGACAUCAAGACCUGAAUUUGAAGGCAACGAAUUUAGUGUUCGUCGUCGUUACAAUGAUUUUUUGUGGAUUCGGCAAAGGCUUGAAGAGAAGCACCCUACUCAUCUUGUACCACCUCUUCCGGAGAAGCAUAGUUUGAAGAGAAUGGACCGUUUCAGCCCUGAAUUUCUAAAAGUGCGCCAGGCUGCACUACAGAAGUUCCUGACUCGAUUAGCUGACCACCCAGUUUUGUCUUUUGAUACUUGCUUCCAAAUAUUUCUGACAGCAAAAGCAUGGGAGUUCCAGGCUCAUAAAAAGCAAGGGUCAGGCUUCCUGAGCCGAGUAUCAGACUCUCUUCAUAACAUGUCUGCUUCCUAUAUGAUGAAAAACAGACCACCAGAGUUUGCAGCAAUGCAUGACUAUAUAAUGAUGCUGUCAGAUAAACUAGGAGUGAUGGAUCGUAUUGCGCAAAGAGUAGCAAAGGAACAGACUGAUUAUAUGAUAGAGUUGACAGAAUGGGGACCGUGCUAUACACUGUGGGCUAACUCAGAAGAUCAGUUAACAGGAGCAUUACUUACUAUGUCAAAGGCAGUUGAUGAAUGUGUCAAAGCUGUCAGAGACCUGAUUGAUGACACUGACACACGCUUUGCUCAGCCACUUAAAGAAUAUCUGCUUUAUGCAGAAUGCAUCAAGACUGUUUUAAGACGGAGAGAUGCCAUACAAAAUGAAUAUGACAUGGUGGUUGAAGAGCUUAACAAGCGGAAAGAUGAGAAAGAAAAUGUGAAAUCAUCAGAUCAAACAUACUCUAUAGGAGCAUUUCUGGGAAAAGACCCUGAGGAUGUAAAGCAACAGAAGCAUGAGAAACUGGGACAACAGAUUACAGAUUUGAUUCAUCAGAUGGAGACUCUGAAUGACAAAACAGUUGUAGCCAAUGCGGACCUGAAGGCAGAUAUGGAACGUUGGCACAAACACAAACAGCGAGACCUCAGGGAGACAUUUAUGUGUUUAGCAGAUUUGCAGAUUGCCUAUUAUGAGAAGUGUUUGUCAGUUUGGGAAAGCACAAUAAGAACAAUUCAGAACAAAGAUCACAUUCAACUGCCUUCCACUGCAGCUAUGAAUGAGCACCAUGAUUCUGCACUGGUCUAG